UGUUGACAUCAAGGUGGGGCCAUCUCAUCCUGAGGAGGACGAAUCUGCUAGUGGAGUGUCUAAUAGAAGAGCUAUGUUGACAGUGGUUGUCCUCUGCUACAUCAACCUGCUAAACUAUAUGGACAGAUUCACUGUGGCAGAGUUAAGUCACAUAGUAAAUUCUUAGAAUAAAUGAAUUGUAACUGAAUAACAGGUUAAACAUGCUGUUCAGCUUUUGAUAUGCUGUUGUUUGAUGAGGUUUGUUAACGUACAGUGCCCUCCAUAAGUAUUUGGACAGUGAGACACUUUUCAUAAUUUUGGCUCUGUACAGCACCAUGAUGGAUUUGAAAUGAAUUGAUCAAUAUGCAAUUGAAGUGCAGACUGCCAGCUUUAAUUUGUACAGCAUUUUCUUUAUACACAAACCCCCAUUUUCAGGGGCUCAAAAGUGCAGUACAUUCAUAAAUUAUUCAGACCCCCUCAUUUUUUUUUUCACAUUUUGUUAUGUUGUAGCCUUAUGAUAAAAUGCUUUAAAUUAUUAUUUUUUCUCUCACAUAAAUCCACACCAUACCCCAUAAUGACAAAGCAAAAACCAGAUUUUUGAUAAUUUUGCAAAUGUAUUAAAAAGAAAAACUGCAAUAACACAUUGACAUAAGUAUUUAGACCCUUUGCUAUGACACUUGAAAUUUAGCUCAGGUGCAUCCCAUUUCUUUGGAUCAUCUUUGAGAUGUUUCUACACUUUGGAGUCCACCUGUGGCAAAUUCAGUUGAUUGGACAUGAUUUGGAAAGGCACACACACCUGUCUAUAUAAGGUCUUGGAGCUGAAAAUGCAUAUCAGAGCAAAAACCAAGCCAUGAAGACAAAGAAACUGCCUGCAGAGCCCAGAGACAGGAUUGUGUCGAGGCACAGAUAUGGGGAAGGCUACAAAGAUUUUCUGGCUGCAUUGAGGUUUCCCAAGAGCACAGUGGCCUCCAUAAUUCUUAAAUGGAAGAAGUUUGGAACAAUCAGGACUCUUCCUAGAGCUGGCCACCUGGCCAAACUGAGCAAUUGGGGGAGAAGGGCCUUAGUAAGAGAGGUGACCAAGAACCUGAUGGUCACGCUGGUUGAGCUCUAGAGAUCAUGUGUGGAGAUAGGAGAAACUUGCAGAAGGACAGCCAUCACUGCAACACUGCAUCGACCUGGAAUUUAUUGCAGAGUGGCCGGAAGCCUCUCCUCAGUGCAAGACACAAGAAAGCCUGCUUGGAAUUUGCAAAAAAAGCACCUAAAGGACUCAGACUGUGAGAAACAAGAUUCUCUGGUCUGAUGAAACAAAGAUUGAACUGUUUGGCCUCAAUUCAAAGGGUCAUGUUUGGAGGAAACCAGGCAGUGCUCAUCACCUGCGCAAUACCGUCCCAAUGUUGAAGCAUGGUGGUGGUAGCAUCAUGCUGUUGGGGUGUUUUUCAGUGGCAGGGACUGGGGGACUGGUCAGGGUUGAAGGAAAGCUGAAUGCAGCAAAUACAGAGAUAUCCUUAAUGAAAACCUGGUUCAGAGAGCUCAGGACCACAGACUGGGCCAAAGGUUCACCUUCCAACAGGACAGUGACCCUAAGAAUACAGCCAAGACAACGUAAGUGUGGCUUAGGGACAACUCUGUGAAUGUUCUUGAAUAGCCCAGCCAGAGCCCGGACUUGAACCCAAUCGAACAUCUCUGGAGAGACCUGAAAAUGGCUGUCCACUGAUGGCCCCCAUCCAACCUGACAGCUUGAGAGGAUCUGCUGAGAAGAAUGCCAGAAAAUCCCCAAAUCCAGGUGUGAAAAGCUUGCCGGAUCAUACUCAAAAGACUUGAGGCUGUAAUUGCUGCCAAAGCUGCUUCAACUAAGUACUGAGUUAAGGGUCUGAAUACUUAUGUCAAUGUGAUAUUUUAGUUUUUUCUUUUUAAUAAAUUUGCAAAGUUAUUAAAAAUCUGGAAAAAAAUGAAGGGGUCUGAAUGCACUAUAAUUGGACAAUCGACUGAGAAGCUAUUUCAUGGCCAUGUGUGGGCUAUUCCCAGGUUAUUUCAGUAAAAAAUAAGCAGUUAAAAGUUCUGGAGAUGAUUCCAAAUGUGCAAUUUGCAUUUGGAAGCUGUUGCUGUACAUGCUCAUUAUGAUGUUCAAAGGACUGUCAAUGCAAGUAAAGCUGACUAUCAUUAGGCUGAAAAAAACAAAACAAAAUAAAUCCAUCAAAGAGAAAGGCCUGGAUGACCACAGAAGACAACUGUGGUGGAAGAUCACAGAGUUCUUUCCUUGAUGAAGAAACACCCCUUCAAAACCUCAAUCCGAGUCAAGAAUGCUCUCCAGGAGGUGUACUCCCAGACAUUGAGCAUUUCUUCAACAUUAGUGAUGGCAAAUCAGGGCUACUUCAGACAGUCUUCAUCUGCAGUUACAUGUUUCUGGCUCCUCUGUUCGGUUACAUGGGCGACCGGUAUAACAGGAAGGUGAUCAUGUCUGUGGGUAUUUCCUUCUGGUGUAUAGUGACACUGGCCAGCUCCUACGUUGGUAAAGAUUAUUUUUGGGCGUUGUUGUUGACGCGGGGGCUGGUGGGUGUCGGGGAGGCGAGUUACUCCACAAUUGCUCCCACCAUCAUCGCUGAUCUGUUCAUCAAGGAGAAGAGGACCAACAUGCUGUCUAUCUUUUACUUUGCCAUUCCAGUGGGCAGUGGUCUGGGUUAUAUAGUGGGCUCAAAGGUGGAUGAUGUGGCUGGGGACUGGCACUGGGCUCUGCGGGUGACCCCUGGUCUGGGGCUUCUGGCAGUAGUCCUCUUGGUGUUUGUGGUUCAGGAGCCAAAGCGUGGUGCAAUCGAAGCUCAUCCAGAGCACACGCUGCAAAGAACCAGCUGGCUGGUGGACAUGAAAGCACUCUGCAGGAAUCCUAGUUUUGUUCUGUCCACAUUUGGCUUCACGGCUGUGGCCUUUGUGACAGGAUCUUUAGCCCUAUGGGCCCCCGCCUUUUUAUUUAGAGCAGGCGUCUUCAUCGGAGAAAAACAGCCAUGCUUAAAGAACCCAUGUGACACCUCUGACAGUCUGAUUUUUGGUGGCAUCACAGUUGUAACUGGUAUCCUGGGUGUAGCAGGUGGAGUGCAGGCCAGCAAGUUGCUGAGGACGAGAACCCCACGAGCUGAUCCUCUGGUCUGUGCUGCAGGACUCCUCCUCGCUGCUCCCUUUCUCUAUCUGUCCAUCAUGUUUGCUCAGGCUAGCACUGCGGCCACAUACGUCUUUAUCUUCUUGGGUGAAACAUUCUUGUCCAUGAAUUGGGCGAUUGUAGCAGACAUCCUGCUAUAUGUUGUGAUCCCCACACGGCGCUCCACAGCAGAGGCCUUUCAGAUUGUGCUCUCACACCUGAUGGGCGAUGCCAUUAGCCCCUAUCUCAUUGGAGUGGUUUCCGACUCGCUAAAGAAGUCAGACUCAUAUAUGUGGGAAUUUCGCUCUCUUCAGAUGUCACUCCUGCUGUGCUCCUUUGUGGCCGUGGGUGGUGGAGCUUUCUUCCUGGCUACAGCCCUCUUCAUCGAGCAAGACCGAAAUCUGGCUGAAAACUAUGUGCCCUCUGAUGAUGCACCAAUCGUUGUUCCAAAGAGGGGCAGAUCCACUAAAGUAUCAGUGUCAAGCGUUUUAAUUUGAGACAACGAAAGGAUUUGGCUGGUUCUCAGGACAGGGCACAACGGUCUGAUUGGCUUAGGCAGACAGCACUAGAGCCGCCGACAGCCAAUCCUGGAGCGGUGUUAGAUAAUAAUCACUGCUUGGACUAUCUCCAUAAUAAGGAGUUUUAUAGUAAUUUAUUAUGAAUAUUUUUUUGUUUUUGUUCGUUUAUAUCCUUAACACCAAUAUUGAUUUGGGAGCAUGUCAAAAUAACAGAAAUUCAAGAAAUAUCUUUCCUGGAAGUUCUGUGGCCAUUAAUUACUCUCCCUUUCCCUGGAGGAGACCAAUGGGAGGAGAGCAAGGCACACUGAAAACGUAUGUUGGUGAAAUGAGAAAUAGAAAAGGUUAUGUGUUGGAGCCAGAAUUCUUUACAUUAAUUUGAGAUGCAUACAGCUGAUUUCAAGCCAUAUAACAUAGAUUGUAGACCUUAUUUGGAGAGGGUCUGAAUGGAUUUUUCAGAUUGCUGUCUAUUGGUUCAAAGGUCAGUGAGACAGGUCAAACUCAGUGGCUGUCGGUCAGAUGUCUUUAUAGAAACUGAUAAAGAUUUUUUUUAGUCAGACUGAAACCCAAUGCACUGUCAAAUUGCUUUUGCAUUUAAAUCAGCCCCAAAACUGUACUGUGAAGAAAAAACGGAUUCAGACUAUACUGAGCAAUGCACUGAAGUCCGUCUAUGAUCUGUCUCAACAGCAACCUUAGUUUUUCAUCCUGUUUUAUAUCUUUUCUUCCAUAUUACAUUUGAGCUUCUUUUAAGGUCUUUUAGGAAGUAUAUAAAAAAACAAACACUAAUGCUGCCAUGAUUCAAAUAUUAGCUUAAUUUGAUAAAGAUAAUUGUUGUAAUUAUCGGUUUCAUUAUAUAUACUAUAUAUAUGUGUGUGUGUGUGUGUGUGUGUGUGUGUAUAUAUAUAUAUAUAUAUACACACACACACACACACACACAC